ACAAUUCUUUAUCAUAUAUAUAGCGGACUGGUUAAAAGACAUUCAGUAUAUAAAGUGAUAGUGGAGAGUGUACGAAUAAAUGUGAUAUAAGUUAAUAUAAUGUUAAAGAUGAAGUCCUCAAUCGUUUUCCUACUCACAAUAACCACGCAACUAUUAGCGAGUCCUGUGAUGACGCGCCAAGGGCUGCUCCUACAAGCCAACAAAGAACAAUUCUGCGCUAAUCUCAAACACUUCAAUAACUUCUACUAUUCCUUCGAAGAACAGAGAAACGUAACAGGAACACCCGCAGAUAUGAGCAUCCAUUGGAAAACUGGGAACGUAUUUUACACCCUCAUAAGCGACGAAAUGAAAAUGAGUCUCCAAGUUUUACAUCCAAGCAGUGAAUCCGAAACUUUAAAAGUCGCCGGGCUCGGACAGUCCACAUGCAUCGAUAACCUCAACGAUAUCGUCUAUCUGGCCACUGAUAACGGUGUCUAUAAAUACAAAGAUGACGGGUCUAUCGAAUUGUACACAGCUCUCGGUGAAGACGUAAUGUACAUAGCUGUAACAAGCGACGGAAUGACCAUGUACAUUGCAACGUGGCCGCAAAAUCGCGUCCACAAGAUAACAAAUGACGGUCAGAAACAGGAGACCUUCGCGGCGAUUCCCAAUGGUCACGGCUUGACAAUAGACCCUAGAAACAACAUGUAUUUCGUAGCCACAAAAACGUCAUACGUACUGCGUAAUGGCCAAAGUAUACCUAUUAAAAUUAAAGGGCUCCCAAGUGAUAGGAUGACUGGGGUGUUUGUAAGUCGUUCUGACGAAGUAUUUGCUAUGGAUGAGAACAGUAAUUUCUAUAGGAUAGAUGCUGAUAAUGCUAGUGCACAACAUUUAGGCACUUUUAAUGUUAGUGGUGUUAUUACUUUUGCUCUGGAUUCAGCUGACAACGUGUUUAUUGGAGUGAAGGGAGGGAUUCUGAAAUUUAUAGCACAUGAAACGAGUCCCUGUUCGGAAUUUCAGAAGAAACACAUUAAAGGAAAAAGACACAACAGACGCCGCAAACACAAAAGGACUACAACAUCAACAACUGAAGCGAAUUAUGAUGAUGAAUAGUUAUGUUCGUUUAUUAAAUCUUUUUUGUUAAUAAAGUGUUUUUAUAAAAUGUU